AUGUCAAACUCGCAUCUCCAAUCAAAAAAUGAAAAUAUCCACGUGAUCGAUCAUACCAAAGAUGCGGAAGCAAACAAUCUUCACCACGACGACCACGAGCGUCCCAUCGUCGCAGAUAAACUCGCUCGCUCCCUCUCGGCCCGUCAAGUACAGAUGAUAGCCAUCGGCGGCACGAUCGGCACGGGUCUCUUUCUCGGCACGGGGAAAUCCCUCGCAACAGGUGGUCCGGCGUCGUUUCUCAUCGCCUAUCUCAUCGUCGGAUUCAUCGUCAUGUUAACUAUGCUUUCUUUGGGGGAAAUGGCUGCAUUUGUACCGAUUGCCGGAAGUUUCUGUACUUUUGCAGGUCGAUAUGUAGAUGAUGGAUUGGGGUUUGCUCUGACGUGGAAUUAUUGGUUUAACGAUGCGGUGAGCACGGCAUCCGAUUUGGUCGCGCUGCAGUUGGUUUGGGCGUAUUGGGGAGAUACUGGAUUGCCGGGUUGGGGAUUGGCGUUGAUUUUUUGGGUGCUGUUGGUUUUGGCUAAUGUUAUUACGGUCAAGGCUUAUGGAGAGCUCGAAUACUGGUUGAGCUUUUUGAAGGUGAUUACUAUUACGAUCUUCAUAAUUCUAGGAAUUGUAGUCAACUGCGGAGGUAACACUUCUAAUACAUAUCUCGGAGCACACAACUGGUAUAUUGGCGACGCACCAUUCGUAGGAGGAAUCGGUGGAUUUGCAUCUGUCUUCGUAACCGCAUCUUUCGCAUACGGCGGCACCGAAUCCAUCGCUAUAACGGCCGGCGAAACCAAAAAUCCCACCAAGAAUCUUCCUCGUGUAGUGAAAAAUGUCUUCUGGCGUAUCCUGAUCUUCUACAUCCUUUCCGUCUUCCUCAUCGGCCUCAACAUCCCUUACAACUAUCCCGGACUCUCCAGCAAAACAACCACCACUUCCCCAUUCACCCUCGUAUUCCAAAUGGUCGGCGCCAAAGCCGCAGGCUCUUUCAUGAACGCCGUCAUCCUCACCUCCGUCAUUUCAGCAGGAAACCAUGCUCUAUUCGCCGGAACUCGACUCCUCUACACCCUAUCCGUCGAUCGUCACGCGCCUCAAUUUUUCGGAAAACUAAACCGCAAUAAAGUUCCCUGGGUAGCCGUCCUAGCUACCAGCGCCAUCAGCGGUCUCUGUUUCGGCGCAAGCUUCAUCGGCGCAGGACAAUUAUGGACGUGGUUGCAAAAUCUCGUGGGCGUCAGUAAUCAAUUAGCUUGGAUCGCUAUCGGAGUAACCUCGAUUCGGUUCCGCGGGGCAUUAGAGCUCCAGGGAAAAACCCACCUCUUGCCCUUCAAAAACUGGACGUAUCCGUGGGGACCAUGGAUAUGUGUCUUGCUUAAUGUGGUGAUUGUGCUGGUGCAGGGAUGGAGUUGCUUCAGUCCGACAUUUAGCGCGGUGAAUUUUGUGAGCUUUUAUAUUGAGCUGCCGGUUAUGGCGGUCAUGUGGCUAGGCUGGAAGUGGCUGAAGGGGACCAAGGUGGUGAGUUAUGAGGAAAUGGAUUUACAGACUGAUGUGUAUGUUAUUGGGGAGGAGGAUGAGAAAGAGAGGGAGAGGGAGAGGACCGCCAGGGGGAAGGUGGAAAGGGUUUUGAGGUGGAUUUUUUAG